GUAUAACCCGUCUCCUGGCAACGAAGGGGACGUCACUUCCUGGGGAGCCGCCGCGAGGAGCCGGCCAGCGCGCGGACAGGUGGAGGAGCGCGUUCGGCGCUGCUCGGGUCCCGGUCGGGUCCUCUCGGCUCCUCUCGGCUCUGGGCCGGUGCCGCUCGGGUCUGGUCGGGUCCCGCUCGGGUCCGCCCGGUGCCGCUCGGAUCCGUUCGGGUCCCGUCGCGAUGAGCGCGGAGCUGGACGGCGUCUCCGUGCACUCUUCCUCCUCCUCCUCGGGCUCCCUGGGCUCGGCGGCGGGGCCGGCUCCUCGCCCGCUCUCCACCAACGUGCGGCGGCUGCACCAGGCGCUGACGGCGCUGCUGAGCGAGGCGGAGCGGGAGCGCUUCAUCCUCUGCCUCAAUGCCUACCACGGCCGCCGCAACGUCUGCGACCUGGUGCGCUCCCUCCGAGCCCUCCUCGACGUGCCCCGCCGCCGGCAGCUCAUGCCGCUGCUCCGGCUGGUCCUGCCGCGCUCCGACCAGCUCCUCUUCGACCAAUACACGGCCGAGGGGCCCUACCUGCCGCCCCUCGUCCCGUCGCCGCCGGUGGUCCCCGGCGAGCUGCGCCAGGUCACCCUGCGGCGGAGCAAAGCCCACGAGGGUCUGGGCUUCAGCAUCCGCGGCGGGGCCGAGCACGGCGUCGGGAUCUACGUGUCCCUGGUGGAACCGGGCUCCUUGGCCGAGCGGGAGGGGCUGCGCGUCGGUGACCAGAUCCUGGGUGUCAACGGCAGGUCCCUGGACAGGGUGACCCACGCCGAGGCGGUCAAGGUGCUGAAGGGCUGCAAGAAGCUGAACCUGUCUGUGCACUCGGUGGGCCGCAUCCCGGGGGGGUACGUCACCAACCACAUCUACACGUGGGUGGACCCGCAGGGCCGCAGCGUGUCCCCCCCGGUGGGGCUGGCGCAGCACCAGCACAGCUCCCUGCGCAAGGACAGCGAGAAGAGGAGCCACCUCCAGCUCCUGCAGGAGGGGGAUGAGAAGAAGGUGAAUCUGGUCCUGAAUGAAGGGAAAUCCCUGGGCCUCAUGAUCCGAGGAGGGGCAGAGUAUUCCCUGGGCAUCUACAUCACCGGUGUGGAUAAAGGCUCUGAAGCAGAGAGCACUGGCUUAAAGGUUGGAGACCAGAUCCUGGAGGUGAACGGGAGGAGCUUCCUCAGCAUCCCCCAUGACGAGGCCGUGAAGCUGCUCAAGUCUUCCCGCCACCUCAUCAUGACGGUGAAGGACAUCGGGAGGCUGCCCCAUGCCCGCACCACCGUGGAUGAGACGAGGUGGAUAGCGAGCUCCCAGGUUGGGGACACCCUCGUCUCCUCAGCAGGGGCAGUGGGUGACCGUGCUGCGGAGGUGACAGCCAGGCCCGUGUUCUAUCGGGGCCUGGCCGGCUCGCAGGUGACACUGAGCACCAUGGUGAACCAGACCCGUGUCAUGCUGGAGGAGCAGGCACGGCACCUCCUCAAUGAGCAGGAGCGGGCCACCAUGGGAUACUACCUGGAUGAGUACAAGGAAGGCAACAUCUCCGUGGAUGCACUGGUCAUGGCGCUCUUCGAGCUACUCAACACACACGCUAAGUUCUCGCUGCUUUCGGACGUGCGCGGCGUCAUCUCCCCGCAAGACCUCGACCGCUUCGACAACCUGGUGCUGAAGAGGGAGAUCGAGUGCAUGAAGGCGCGGCAGCCCUCGGGGCCCUCCCUGGCCACCGACUCCUACUCCAUGAUGUCCUACAGCGACACCGUCUCCUCCUCCAGCAGCCACUUCACUGCCACCACCGUCAGCUCAGCCCGGGAGCGGCUCUUGUGGCUCAUAGACCUGAUGGAGAACACGUCGGAGUUGGAGGGAGGUGGAGAUGGCCACCAGAGCAGCAUCAACACGCUGCCGGAUGUCUCCCUGGAUGACCUCUCCUCCUUCCCGGAUGAACCACCCAACUUCAAGCCUCCACCUCCUCCUUCAGCCCCGCAGAUGCUUCAGGCCCCCUCCUCUGCCCAGCACAGGACCCAAGGGAAGGACAAGCCCAAGCGCCCUUCCUCCGAGUCCUCCCAGUCAGGCCUCUUCUUCAUGGCCCCCCGGCACCCCACACCCCCCCCCAGCCACCCCGAGAAGGACACGGUCAGCAUCACCUCCACGGCCACCGCAUCCACCGAGGAGUCAGCCCCAAGCCCCAUCUACGCCACCAUCUCCCCAGCCCCGCACAGCUCCAGGAGGCAGAUGGAUGCUCAGCUCUCCUUGGUCAGCCAGCACCACAUCGGGCCCUUCCCCAGGGUCCAGUCCCCAACCAGGCUGAAGAGCCUAUCCCCGGAGGGGCCUGCAUCUGGUGGGCUUCAGAGCCCCCCUUCCCCAUCGCCUCCUCCUCCUCCAUCCCACCCAGCACCCCCUCCUCCGGACAAGGGCAGCCCCCAGGCUGUGGCCAACCAGCACUUCAUCAUGGUGGAGGUGCACCAGCCCAACAGCGAGCCUGACGUCAAUGAAGUGAGGCCCCUGCCCCAGGCCAGAGCCUCCACGCUGUCGCAGCUCUCGGACAGCGGGCAGACGCUGAGCGAGGACAGUGGGGUGGACAUCGGCGACGUGGAGCUGAGCAGCAGGGACAAGGGCCAGCAGCUGCUCCCUGGGAAGAGCCGAAGCCUCCAGGAGCCCCGGAGCAGUGAUGGGGCGGCAGAAGGAGCCUCCAAGCCGGUGAGGCCGGGGCUGCUGGAGCCCACAUCGUGCCUGAUCCGUGUAUCCAAGAGCGCUCCGACCCUGGGCAUCGCCAUUGAGGGGGGAGCGAACACGCGGCAGCCGCUGCCCCGCAUCGUCACCAUCCAGCGCGGGGGCUCAGCACACAACUGUGGGAAGCUGAAGGUGGGCCACGUCAUCCUGGAGGUGAACGGCACGGGGCUGCGGGGCAAGGAGCACCGGGAAGCCGCCCGCAUCAUCGCCGAGGCCUUUAAGCUGAAGGAAAAGGACUACAUUGAUUUCUUGGUCACAGAAUUCAACGUCGCCCUUUAGGGAUCCAGGCUUUGGGAUGGGGAGCAUCCCGAAGAGGAGCGAAAGGCAGCGCCGAGGCGGGAAAGCUGCAUUCCCACCCUGCAGAGCCCUCUCCUGCUGCGCCAUCCCGCACGCACAGACACCCCCCAGCUUGUCCCCAAGUGUCCCCUCGCCUGCUGCAGACUCAUGCCUGGGUC